GACAGAAGAGACUAUAGCUGUGUGUGUGUGUGCGCGCCUUUGGGAGAGCGCCUCGCUAGCACUGCUUAUGUAAAUAGACAGCGAGAGGCUUGAAUUUGGAAGAGGCGGGGCAUCCUGACGUGUGCUGGUGUGAAGCAGACGUAGCCUGGGCUCCUCACUGUGCUGUUAGCUCUCUGCCCGUUUGGCUCACACCAACAACAACACAGGUAAGAGCAGCGCCGAGUCCCUGCUUUUUUUUUGUUUUGCGGGCUACUGUUUGCUGGUGCAGCCUUGGAGCGGGGACUGAAGGAUGUCUGACAAUGUGUAUGCGAUGGAGGGCGAGGAGAACACCAUUCGCUUCGCCCGCAAAGGUGCCCUAAGGCAGAAAAACGUGCACGAAGUCAAGGACCAUAAAUUCAUCGCUCGCUUCUUCAAGCAACCCACGUUCUGCAGCCACUGCACUGACUUUAUCUGGGGAUUCGGAAAGCAGGGAUUCCAGUGUCAAGUUUGCUCCUUUGUUGUCCACAAACGAUGCCAUGAGUUUGUCACCUUCUCCUGCCCAGGUGCAGAUACAGGACCUGCCUCUGAGGAUCCACGGAACAAACAUGGUUUUAGGGUUCAUACGUAUUCCAGCCCAACGUUCUGCGACCACUGUGGUUCCCUGCUGUAUGGCCUCAUUCACCAGGGCAUGAAAUGUGACUCCUGUAUGAUGAAUGUGCACAAGCGGUGUGUAUCAAAUGUGCCCAGCAUGUGCGGGAUGGAUCACACUGAACGAAGGGGCCGUAUUUUCAUUAAGGCUGAGAUAGUUAAAGAUCUACUCACUGUCUUAGUGAAGGAGGCUAGGAACCUGGUUCCAAUGGAUCCCAAUGGUCUGUCCGAUCCAUACGUGAAGCUGAAACUGAUUCCUGAUCCUAAAAGUGAGAGCAAGCAGAAAACCAAGACCAUCAAAUGCUCCUUGAAUCCAGUCUGGAAUGAGACUUUCACAUUCAAUCUAAAGGAUUCUGAUAAAGAUCGACGGCUUUCAAUCGGAAUAUGGGACUGGGACCUAACCACCAGGAACGAUUUUAUGGGCUCCCUGUCCUUCGGAAUCUCAGAGCUGCAGAAAGCCGGGGUCAAUGGGUGGUACAAGUUGCUGAGCCAGGAAGAAGGUGAAUAUUACAAUGUGCCAGUGCCACCUGAAGAGGAUACAGAAGGAAAUGAGGAACUGAGGCAGAAGUUUGAGAGAGCCAGAAUUGGCCCAGGCUCUAAAGCUGCCGAGGAGAAGAGAUCCAGCUCGUGGUCCAAAAUUGACAACAACGGCAAUCGCGAUCGGAUGAAGCUGACAGACUUCAACUUCUUGAUGGUGCUGGGGAAGGGCAGCUUUGGAAAAGUGAUGCUGGCUGAAAGGAAGGGCACUGAUGAACUGUAUGCCAUCAAAAUCCUGAAGAAGGAUGUGGUGAUCCAGGAUGAUGAUGUGGAGUGCACCAUGGUGGAGAAGAGAGUCCUGGCUGCUCCUGGAAAGCCCCAAUUCCUAACUCAGCUCCACUCCUGCUUCCAGACAAUGGAGCGUUUAUACUUUGUCAUGGAAUAUGUUAAUGGAGGUGAUCUCAUGUACCAGAUCCAGCAGGUUGGCAGAUUCAAAGAACCCCAUGCUGUAUUCUAUGCAGCUGAGAUUGCUGUUGGUCUGUUUUUCCUGCACAGCCACGGCAUUGUUUACAGAGACCUGAAGUUGGAUAAUGUGAUGCUGGAUUCAGAAGGACAUAUAAAGAUAGCUGACUUUGGCAUGUGCAAGGAGAAUAUGUGGGAAGGGGUAACAACCAAAACCUUCUGUGGUACACCUGACUACAUCGCACCUGAGAUAAUUGCCUACCAGCCAUACGGAAAAUCUGUGGAUUGGUGGGCGUAUGGAGUGUUGCUGUAUGAAAUGCUUGCUGGACAGCCUCCUUUUGAUGGUGAAGAUGAAGAUGAACUUUUCCAAUCUAUCAUGGAGCAUAAUGUAACUUAUCCCAAAUCAAUGUCCAAAGAAGCCGUGUCCAUUUGUAAAGGACUUUUAACAAAGCAUCCAGCCAAACGCCUGGGGUGUGGGCCUGAGGGCGAGCGAGACAUCAAGGAGCACGCAUUUUUCCGAUGGAUUGAUUGGGAAAAGUUGGAACGCAUGGAGAUUCAGCCUCCCUUCAAACCAAAGGCAAAAAAUCACAGAGACACCGGCAACUUUGACCGUGAAUUCACCCGGCAACCUGUGGAGCUCACCCCCACCGACAAACUUUUCAUCAUGAACCUGGAUCAGAAUGAAUUUGCAGGAUUUUCCUACAUCAAUCCUGAAUUUGUUAUUCAGGUCUAAGGAAUACAUGAAGGCUCAUUUCUAUAAACCCCCGUUGUAUUUUUAGACUGAAACAGAACACAAUUUCGAGUAUUGAUCUUCCUUCAUCUAGGUCCCCGGUUCAAAUGAGGUUUGAAACAGGGCUACUGUUCAUUGUAUGACCUGCGUCAGGAGAUGUGGUAAAGCAAACACUUUAGCUUGCACUCUGACCUGUUUCUGACCCUAAAUCCAAACAAAGCGGGACAGAGGAAACGGGCCAGUGAUCAGGGCUUGCCAAUGACUAUAACUAAUGAGGGAAAGGAGAAAACUCGAUCUAUUUUGGCCACAUUGGGACUUGAGCUAGGUCAAUGGCACAACAUUGCAGGAGUGCCGCACUGUCAGAGUCACCAAGUAGGUGUGUACCUAAAGCGUUGUUCUCCCAAUCUGGAUGACUAUUGAAACUGGAAUCAGAGAAUUGUUUUGGAAGGAUCUUGAAAUAAAUCUGCCCAAAAUUCAGGGGUAGGGGUGUGGUGCUUAACUGAUUUAGACAAAAAUCUCUGUGCUUGAAAGCAUGACCCAUGGGCCCACCUGUGAGUGGGGCCUCCUCAUUCACAUGGAAACAGUGAGACCCAUUGGGGGGUUGCCAGCUAUUUCAUGGGUAUCGUAGUGUUGGAUUUCACACUGCUGUGCAAUUUUAUGAGUGGACUUCAAACAGAGAUUAGGCACUUUAUUUGCACAUGCACAAGUCUGAUGGCUGUCUCAGACCUGAGCCCCCGGACGCUGCACGAAUAUAACAUCUGGCACACUUAGCUGAGACUGGGUACUUCCUGUCAGCCGCACUGCUGAGGGAGGGUUUUAAAUUAUGUUCACUAUAUCCCACAAGGCACAAGGAAGUUGAAAGCAUUAUUGGCAUUUUCAGAACAAAAUUUGGCAUUCGCUUAGAGAGCUAUAAUCGAUCAAUCACAAACAUUCAAUCUAACAUGCGCUUCACACUUGCUGUUAGCAUUCUAUUUACUUUAUGUCACAUAUCAGCCACCAUAUAGUGAUGAUUGCCUCCCCAUAAAUCAGAAUUGAAGUAGCAAACAGAAGAAAUAAAGUACUGGAAAUACAUUGCCUGGCUUAUAUGAUCAUGAUCCUUUGAUUCAUCAAGGCCCAAUGUUGUGGAAGAUCCACCAGAACCAGAAUCUCAGUUUUUUUGCUGUGCGGAAAAAGGCCCUUCCGCCCAUCAUGUCUGCACUGGUUAUCAAACGUCCAUCCAUUCUAAUCCUAUUUUCCAGUGCUUGACCCAUAGCCUUGUAGAAAUCUUGUACACACCUCAUGAGUAGCUUGCACCUGAAUGUGGGCCUCCUGGCUCAGAGGUAUGAACACUACGUAUGAACAACAGCCUUAAAAGUAAUCUCCAUAUGCCAUGGUCAGAUUUGAACACUUCUCCAGAGCCAGUGGCUUUUUAUGUUUUGGCAUUUCAAGUGCUCGUACAAAUACUUCUUCAAUAUUUUGAAGAUUCCUGCCUCUACUACACUUUUAGGCAGUGAAUUACAAAUAUUCACAGCCCCCAGGUGAGAAAAGUUUCCACAAAUCCCCUCUAAACCUGCUGGUCCUUACAUUAAAACUGUGCCCACCAAGUGACUCCUCUACCAAGGAGUAAUGAUUCUCCCUAUCUACCACGUCUGUGCCACUCAUAACUUUUCUACAUCUCAGCAUAAGGGAGUUUACAUAACUUAUAGUUGUCCGCUUUCACUCUGCUCCUGUAUUAUGAUUUUUUUCCUCUAAGAUGCUAACUCUGUCCUCUGGCACUUACCAUACCUGGGUGUCACACCUUUACACUUUAAAAUACAUGUACUGUUAGUUGAACUGCUUCCUUCCUCUGGUUACAUCUCAUUGGCCUACCCUGACCAUGUGGCAAAGUAUCUCCUCUGUUAUCUUUCAUUAACUCCCAGUACUGUUGAGCCAAUUAAGAGAAACAACUCAAGCAUUAAGAUAUUUUCUGUGAGAACUUUUUCACACAAUUUUGCAACUUAUUAUUUUGAUUUGAUCUAACUUUCCAACUUUGGGAUUUAAUUCAUUAUGUUACUGGACUGGAAUCCAGUGUUUACAACUUACAAUGCAGUUUUAAGCCAAAUUCUUCCAUCAGUCCCAUCCUAAACCUUGGACUGGGGCAGGUUUAUUGGUAGAGAUUUUCAGCUGUUGACGUAAUAUAGUUGACUUGUUGAAAAUUUCACAAUCUUUAAAGCUUAACAGCUGAUAUCCAUGUGUGGCUCUUGGUGAAAAUAAUGAGAAAAUUCAAGGAACAUUAAUUUGCUGGGAUUUAAUAUUAAGGACAGCUUUGGGAUGAAAAUCAGGGGGAAAAGAAACAGGGAUGGGACAAGCUUAAUGAUGGAUGAGCUCAGUCUCAAACAAGUCACACCUUUUUAUUAAAAAAAGUGUCUUCCAUUUUAUGGAUGUAAAUGUUUUCUAUUCAGUCACAUUUCAUGGAAUGUAAUGUACCUUGUGACGUCUAUGCAUCUUUUUUUCACAGGAUCACAUUGUGUCCGUACAGUUGAUUACAAAAUAAAUUAAUGUGUUGUAAAGCUUGCCAAAAAAUCCAAAAAAGUAUUGCAAUAAUUACUGAAUGAUUUAAUAUGCAUGACUUUUGUGUAUAGGUCUGUGUUGUUGGCAGAUG